AUGAAUCGCUUCAAAAUUCUGCUCAGCUCACUUUGGUUUACUCAAUACGCAAGAUACGGUGCACUUGGUAGCUCAGGUACGUCCAGUUGCAAUGCGAAAGACGUGAUUCGUUUCAAUAACUGGUUCCGUUUCUAUGAGCUAGAAGCUUCCAACCAGCUAAACUACCAUGGAUGGUUUACCAAACAACCCGGUGUUCAAGUGUCAUUGCAAUUCGAGUGGAAUAACUGGAGGGCUAUGCAAACUUCCAUGUUGCUCAACACCUCACCUGAGUUUGAAAUGGCUGUCUACACGAUUUGUGCACUUAAUGGAGGACAGAUUGACCAGUGCUACCCUUCAAUGUCCGGUCCUCGUCCUGCUCCAACAAAAGAGCCUCAUACUAGGAAACCAAUCAGCACCAAGAAACCACACGUCGGUGACGAUUUCCAGGUGAGCUUCAGUUUGGUCAGCAAAGUGAAGCUUCCGUCUGUGAAUUCGGCAAUUACUAGCUAG